AUGGAGUCCAAAAUUGUAGUAAUUGGCGCAGGUGUGAGUGGACUUACUACUGCGUUAGAAUUAAAGAAGUCUAAUUUGGAAUAUGAUGUGACUAUCGUUGCACAGCAUUUACCAGGAGAUUAUGAUGUGAAUUUUGUUUCCCCAUAUGCCGGGGCCAAUUGGUAUUCAUUUGCCGAUUCUGAAGAUAAAGUUCUACAAGAAUUCGAUAAGCCAUCCUAUAAGGUAUUUAUGGAACUAGCUCAAAAUGAGCCUAGAUCAGGUAUUUGGGUUAAAACGAGUCACUCGUAUUUUACAGAGGAUUACAUGAGCAAGAUUAGUCAUGAUACUAGUAAAGCAAUUCCAUGGUUCAAAGACUUUGUAGAAGAAUUCAAGAUUAUCGAGAAGAAAGAAUUGCCUGAAGGAAUUGUGUUUGGGUUUCUGUUUAAGGGGGUCGUUAUAUCAGUUCCAAUAUAUUUGAAUUUUUUGCUUUCUAAGGCACUUGAAACUGGAAUCACAAUCAAGAGAGUUAAAGCCAUUGGCAAUGUCGAGGAAGCCCGGAAUCUUCAUUCGUCUGGAGGGAAGGCCGAUUUAGUUAUUAAUUGUUCGGGGUUGAUUGCAUCUAAAUUAUCGGGUUACAACGAUCCUAAUCGUACAUACGGGAUCCGAGGCCAAACUUUACAUGUAAGGAAUAACGCUGCAAGACAGAUCGAGGUACAGUCAUUCGGUCCUGAAUUUGACAACGAAAUGCUUUAUAUUAUGCCCCGUAAAGAGGGUGGGUCAAUUAUUGGUGGUUGUUUUGUCCAGGAUUACAAGAAUACAGAAGAAGACGAAGGAUUGACUCAAAGGCUAGUUGAGAGAGCCAAAAAAUACUCUCCUGAAAUGUUUGACCCUGGAUAUAAGAAUAAUCCUACUGAAUUAGACGUGAUCCGAGUAAAUGUAGGAUUAAGGCCUUUUAGAGACGGAGGAGUUAGAGUUGAAAGAGAUGGUGAUAACCAUUGGUUAAUCCACAAUUAUGGUGCUGGUGGCGGUGGAUACCAAGGUAGUCACGGAUUCAGCUCUACUGUAGUCUCGCUAGCCAAGCAAUCCCUAAAAAGAAAAGUGUCUAGCAAAUUGUAA